CCAGGAAGUGACCGUGCAAUCGUUUCAGGUUUGGCCGGUCAGCGCUGUAAUUUCCUCCAAACAAAGUAGGACUCGCCCCGCAGAGGCCGGAUGAAACCAAUGGAUUGAGCAGGAUUUCUGCUGUUGUAUUUUGUUUGAUUUUCUUCGCAAUUGAAAUGUGAAGAAAUGGGCCCUGGUUAAAGAAAAGAAGAUUCUAGAAACACCGUGGACUACGGGGUUUCGAGUUCGGGCAGGAGCAUAGCGGCCUGCGGCCGAGAAGGGAGCUUUAGCAGCCGGGCAACGAAAAGAAGUCGCUCGCUAUUGUGUGUUAAAACGGAAUUAGCAUCAUAAUAAAUCCCCGUCCCCAUCCCUCACUAGUCUUCCUGAUUCUGUUCUGGGAGAGUUCAGACCAGCAUCAUCGCCAAGAUAGCCGGGCCAGGCAGGAAGAGGCACACCUCAGAUCCAGACCCCAGCAGUGGUAGUGACUCUGGCGACGGGCGGCCUGUCAGUGCCAAGUGCCUGAAGAUGGCCAGCAGCGGCAGUAGUGGUGUGGCCGGGAGUGAGGCGGGGGGCCACCGUGGUGGAGCUCAGCAGAGAGGAGGCAGUAGCAGAGAAAACGGCUCAGACUUGCCCUCCAGUACGAGUAAGAAGAAGCAGAAGGACAGGGCCAACCAGGAAAGCAGAGAGGCCAAGAGAGCGGCAGCAGCAGCUGCUGCAGCCGUGGAUGGGGUUAUUGCAGAAGUCAAGAAAGAUGUGUUUGUGGACUGGAAGCAGAAUGUCAACGAAGUGACUGUCAGGCUGCGCUGUGGCGAGGGGGUGCAGAGGAUAGAGGACAUAAACACCACCUUCACAGACACACACUGCAAUGUGGAUUUCCCAGAUGGACGGCAAUGGAGCUGCCAGCUGCAGGAGGAAAUCGAGGCCUCAUGUAGCAAAGUCCAGUAUAAGGAAAAGGGAGGCUUCCUCCAUCUCAUCAUGCACAAAAAGAUUCCUUUCCACAUCUGGCCUUCUCUAAAGUCAAAUAAAAAGAAGGAGGCAGUAUCCAUAGAGACCAAACCAGACAUGAAGCCCGUUGCCUUGGAGUCAUCAGAGAAAACUCCACAUCUCCAGCCCCAGCCUCCCUCGUCACCUGCACACAGCGAGUCAAGACGCGGUGUUAGCAAAUCAUGUGUCAAACGCAGCCUGAAAACUAAACUGACGGGUGAAAAGGCCACUACGGACUCUGCAGGUGUUAAAAGCACAGCUGGAGAUGGCUCCACCACCAGCAGCAAGCCUGUUACCGUCACAAAAGCAGAGCAACCGCAUCAGGAACCUAGUGCCAAACGCACAGUUGUACGGCUGCCUAAGACCUCUAAGGACGCUGCAUCAGCCGACCUGCCAUCUGUGAUGUCUACAGCAGCUAACGGGAAAUCCACCUGUGCCCACCUGCCCGCUGGUCGGAGCCCACAGACGGAACGGAAAAGUGGAGACAACAGAUCUGAGACUCGUGGCAGCGGACAGAAACAGGGAGCAGAAGCAGCUGCUUCCACCCUUACCAACAGAACUCAGUUGGCUGAGAAGCAAAACCAGUCAUCAGACCAGUCUGGUGCAACAACACAUGUCAGUGUGAGCCAGCCAGCAGCUCCUGUUAGCACCAGUGACUGUGUUAAACCUGUCGCCUUCAACAAGGAAAUGAAUUCGACUUCUCCCCAAAGGCUGGGAGACAGAACAGACUCUGAGCCAGCUGGAAAACCUGUUGAGCAGGAAUCAGAGCAGGAUCCUCUGAUUUGUCAGCAGCUUGGAGAUAUGGAAGUGGUACCAGUAGAGGCGAUGGGAAUGCCAGCCAAGCAAAGCCAGCCCCCAGGUGUUGCCCAAACGAAGAGCAGCUGUGACGAUGAGGAGAAGCGGGACCAGUCGAAGGAGGAGCCGCUACUGGAAAUGAAGCAACUGGAUGCCCCAGAGCCCAUGGUAAACCUGCAGUAUGUGAAGAAUGAUUCAUAUGAGAAGGGCACAGACUUGAUGGUGGUCAAUGUUUACCUGAAGGGGAUCUGCAGGGAUACAGCCAGAGUCAUCUUCAGGGAACAGGACUUCACCCUCAUCUUCCAGACAAGUGAUGUCAGCUUUCUGCGGCUUCAUUCAGAUUGUGGACCGAACACAGUCUUCAAGUGGCAAGUCAAACUCAGGAAUCUGAUCCAGCCUGAGUUGUGCAGCUACGCCUUCACUCCCUCCCGUCUGGACAUCACUCUGAAGAAGAGGCACAGCCAACGCUGGGGGGGCCUGGAGGCCCAAGCCACACAAGGUGCAGUGGGUGGCGCUAAGGUCGCUGUGCCCUCCAGCCCUGCCUGCAUGGAGAAGAGCCAGCCAGGCAGCAGUCAGCACAACCUCCCAGCCAAGGAGGAGCCUCCGCGGGUUGGGGAAGAAAAACCCAAGACACCCAAGGCCCCAACCAGAGUGGAAGAUGGGGGUUUGGACUCUGUGGCUCCACGCACAGUCUCUGAGCACGUUGCUAUUACCAAGCCAGAGCCUACUGUUACCAUGCCUAAGCCUACCUGCAUGGUGCAGCCCAUGACCCACGCACCUCCGGCCAGCAGCGAGCGCCAUGAGGAAGAGGAAGAGAAGAAGGUGUGCUUGCCUGGUUUUACAGGGUUGGUCAACCUCGGAAACACCUGCUUCAUGAACAGCGUCAUUCAGUCCCUGUCCAACACCAGAGAACUCAGGGAUUACUUUCAUGACCGAGCCUUUGAGGCAGAAAUCAACUGCACUAAUCCACUGGGAACAGGAGGCAGGCUAGCCAUCAGCUUUGCUGUGCUGCUCAGGGCUCUUUGGAAAGGAACGCACCACGCCUUCCAGCCCUCAAAACUCAAGGCAAUUGUGGCAAGUAAAGCAAGUCAGUUUACUGGUUACGCCCAGCACGAUGCCCAGGAGUUCAUGGCAUUCCUGCUGGACGGACUCCACGAGGACUUGAACCGCAUCCAGAACAAACCUUACACAGAAACGGUCGACUCUGACGGGCGGCUAGACGAAGUGGUGGCAGAGGAAGCAUGGCAGAGGCACAAGAUGCGGAAUGACUCCUUUAUAGUAGAUCUGUUUCAGGGUCAGUUCAAGUCCAAACUGGUGUGUCCCACAUGCUCUAAGGUAUCUAUCACCUUUGACCCCUUCCUCUACCUGCCCGUGCCGUUGCCACAGAAACAAAAGGUGCUCUCAGUUUUCUACUUCGCUAAGGAACCUCAUAAAAAACCCAUCAAGUUUUUAGUGAGUGUAAGCAAGGAGAGCUCCAGUACUGCUGAAGUCCUGGAAUCUAUCUCUAGAAGUGUGAGGGUCAAACCCGAGAACCUCAGACUGGCCGAGGUGGGAAAGAACCGCUUCCAGCGAAUGUUCCUGCCUACCCACUCCCUGGACACAGUGUCCUCCUCUGACAUGUUAUUCUGUUUUGAGGUGCUUUCCAAAGACCUGGCCAAAGAGAGAGUGGUAUUGUUCAAAGUGCAGCAGAAACUUCAGGUCCCCAAUAUCCCCAUCUCCAAAUGUGCUGCCUGCCUGAAGCCUCCGGUGUCUGAAGAAGACAAACUGAAGCGUUGCACUCGCUGCUAUCGCGUUGGCUACUGCAAUCAAGUGUGUCAGAGAACCCACUGGCCCAACCACAAAAGUCUGUGUCGACCCAACACAGAGAACGUGGGCCUGCCUUUCCUGGUCAGUGUCCCAGAGUCUCGACUCUCAUAUUCCCGGCUCGUCCAGCUUCUAGAGGGUUAUUCCAGGUUUUCAGUCAACGUGUUCCAGCCUCCUUUCCAGUCAGGCAGAACAUCCCCUGAAACAUCACAGUCCCGAGUAGACCUCCCUCCAGUGCCAGCAGGCUCCCCUGACGGUCCUGGACUGGAGGAUGAAGCUGUGGGUGGUAGCAGUACUGUAGGAGCAGGUAACUUGGAGCUGGAGAGCCACGCUUCGCUGCCUGAAUCCCAGGCAGAGUAUGCUCAGGCCUCAGCCAUCCACUCAGGGAACUCGGAGUCCCUCUCCUCUUCCCAGACGUCCCUCUCCACCACACGGACCACAGAUUCAGGGUUCUCCGAGUCACUCUCUUCUGCUUCUUGUUGCUUUCUGGACCCUCAUGCUGAAAAAGAGACGUCCUGUGAGAAGGCUGUGCGGCCAGAAGCUGCAGUCGCAGGGUAUCAGCAUCCGUGUGAAUCUGCUUCAGGUCAUGCUAGUCAGUUCUACAUCGCUCUGCUGGAUGCAAACAACAAGGAGCAAAGGCUGGAUGAGAGAGAAGAUGCACUGACAGAUAUACCUGACGAUGCAACCCUGGAGCUGGUGUGGAAGAACAACGAGCGUCUAAAGGAAUAUGUGCUGGUGAGCUCCAAGGAACUGGAGUAUGAGGAAGACCCGGGUUCUCUGAGUGAGACGGCCAGAGCGGGACACUUCACCCUCGAGCAGUGCCUCAAUCUUUUCACCAAGCCAGAAGUGCUGGCACCUGAAGAGGCUUGGUACUGUCCAAAGUGCCAGCAGCACCGUGAGGCCUCCAAGCAACUGUUGCUGUGGCGUUUGCCCAACGUUUUGAUCAUUCAGCUCAAACGCUUCUCCUUCAGGAGUUUCAUUUGGAGGGAUAAGAUCAAUGACAUGGUCGACUUUCCAGUCAGGAAUCUAGAUCUAAGUAAGUUCUGUAUUGGCCAGAAGGAUGAGAUGCAGCAGCCUCCUAUCUAUGACUUGUAUGCGGUCAUCAACCACUAUGGAGGAAUGAUAGGAGGCCACUAUACUGCCUACGCUCGCCUGCCAAGUGACAAGAACAGCCAGCGCAGUGAUGUUGGCUGGCGUCUAUUUGAUGACAGCACCGUGACAAUGGUGGACGAGAGUCAAGUGGUGACGCGUUACGCUUAUGUUCUGUUCUACCGGCGCCGAAACUCCCCAGUGGAGAGGCCGCCACGCUUCCUCAGGCCUGUAGGUGCAGAGUCGCCCACUGCUGCAGGAGCUACUGCCAGCCAGGCCUCUAGCCAGUCGCUAUUUGGGACAGAUCUGGAUGCCGAAGGACCGCCUACGCUGACCCCUGAGGUACCGUCUGACCUUUUUGCCCACUCCGGCGAGUGUGCAGCACCAUCCUACGGCAACAUGGAGGAAGUGGACUAACAAGUAUGAGGGCUGAUGAAAGAAAGGACAGGAGAGUGGAGAUCCAUGGAGGUCCCCCAAGUGGGAGCAGCUCCUCGGCUGAUGACGCAUCUGUCGUCAUUGGUUACACCGGCAUCUGAAUCAGGUGUCCGGGGGGUGCAAUGCAAAAAAAUCUGCAGGUGGUCUGAGGAUUUGACUGCACUCACUUGAGACAGACCUUUGUUAAUAUACUCACAUUAAUAGCCAUUGAAAAAGACUUAACAAGUUACAUGUGUAGUUUUAUUCAUUCAGUUCAUAUGGGGACACUUAUGAUCUAAGAGCUCCUGUUAACAGUAGCAGUAAGUAGUAAAGCUGCUGCUAAUGGAGUUCCUCCUCCACCACCUAACAACCACCUACCAGAGAGAGGGUGUCCACGCACCAAAGCACCUUGUGGUCUGGUUUCAAGCUAAAAACCGGCUCUUGCUAACAUUAACCAGACCUGUGGUCGAUUAUUAGGGGAUAUUUGGACACUUUGAUGAUUGUCGUAAUAUAAAUGUGUUGUUUGUUUUUGUUUUUUUCCUUUUAAAGUUUGAGUUGCCUGGUUUGAUUUGUUUGUGGUGGUGUAUUCAAGAUGGACUGGAAUUGUAGCAUCACAUUAAGGAAAACAUGAGAUGGUGCUGACCCACCUUUUUUUUGUUUUGUUUUGUUUUUAAUACAGUGAGCACACACUUUUUCUGUCCCGUUGCUUUCUAAACUUGAUUUAGCUUCACUUUCUCUAGCUUUGUUCAUUUUUUUUGUACUUGUUUAGUUUUUUCAUUCCUGUGGAUGCUUUGUCUAAAGGCUUCAGUAUAAAUUGAAAUGUGCAUGGCUGCAUGUAACCCGAGCCCCUCGUCAGAUGUACCCGAGCCCCCUCUUGCUGCGUUUCAUUACUUCUGUUUCCUGUAAGUUGUCUAGCAUCAUGUUCUCACCCUCCUUUGUAAUGGACUGCGUAUAUAAUGUGGGGAUCAUUAAGAAUGUUGCUGUGGAUGCAUAUAAAUGGUUAAUAUAAAUAAAAACAGUUUUGAGAGUU